AUGCAUGCCAAAGGUGCAGCGAGGCUGCGACAACACCUCGCUGCGAAGCAGCGGAUGUGCUUGUUGAGCACGUGGCCGGUGUGGUGGGUGGCGGCGAAGUUGACGAGGGGUGAGAGCGAGGCAAUGGGCUGGCGGGCGACCCUGCAGAUGGAUGUGGAGAUCAUUGUGGAGAAGCUUGUUGGGCCUGCUUCUCAGAUGAUGGCACGCAGAGUCGGACGGGCUGUGAUCGAUGCUCCUGCUUCAGCAGCGACGUCGCCGCCUGUUGCACCCGGGCGUGAGUUUACAGUGCGCCGUUGCUCUCUGUCGGUACCUGGAUCUUUACAGUCGCCACCACCACUGCGGGUGACUUCGUUGCCAUUGUGUGGUCGAGCUUUCUGCGCGAGCACUUGUACAAUUCCAUCAGCAGCGCCACGUCUGGCAACCACCUCGUCUCUUGCGCUUGUUCAUCAACUCUCGUUCUUCUCUACGUCCCUCUCCCCUUGCCCUUUUCUCUUUCUGGCAUUGCCGCACGCCCUGGUGCGCCACCGCCGGGCCCUGCCGCCUCACGAGCACCGAUCACUGUGUCUGCCCUUGCACACGUCUUACAGAGCCAUAGUCAUUCACCACCAGUCCGUGUUACUAUUUAAGACCUCGGAUUCGCAAGGCCCACCGAGAAAAACAGAAGGGGAGAUGGAGGACGAACAGCAACGUGCCGCUGUCGUCGCACAGCUCAAGACGGUUGUUGGUCUUGACGACAAGGGCGCCAAGGACUUGUCCAGCAAACCGGCGCGCGUUGCCGAUGUGCUCGCCUUCUUUGCGCAGUACAACAUCAAUGAGGCCUCUCCUCGUGACCAGAAGGUCAUGCUCUUCAACGUGUGGACGAAGGUGAAGAAGCUUGUGCACCGCAAACCCAUCGCCAGUUUCAUCCUCGACGGGCAGCUCGACAGCACGCAAAAGGUCGACGCCGCCAUCAAGUUUGUGAACGCGACCGAGUGUGAGAGGGUCGACACGGCGGCCAUGCUGGCGGAGUGCGGCGUCGGCGUGACGGUGUCGCAGGAGGACGUGGAGAAGACCGUUGCCGAGGUCCUCGCCACCGAGGAUGCGAGCGCCGUCAAGGCAAAGUGGGACAAAAAUCCGAACAUGAUGCUGGGACAGAUGCGCCGUGUGGCGGCCCUGCGUUGGGCCGACGUCGAGCACGUGCGCGCGGCGCUCGAAAAGCAGGUGCCGGAGCUGAUCAAGGACAUUGUGGUUGCGGCGAAGCCCACUGUAGCGUUGCCGCAGGCCGCGAAAGAGGAGACCGCCGCUGGACCGAGGAAGGGAGUUGAGGUGUGCCAGCAGAACUCGAACUUUAGGGCUGUUUCGCAGGGACUGCCACGCACCGCGAUUGGCGAGUUGCCGUCGCAAAAGGAGAGUGCCUGUGUCUACGUUGUUGGUUGGGCUCACCGCGUGCGCCAUCAGUCUCGCAUGUCCUUUGUGGUGCUGCGCGAUGGCUCGGGCUUCAUCCAGUGCGUGUUCGACGGCUCUACGGAACCCUUCCACCGCGAGUCGUGCAUCGCCAUUCGCGGCACGCUGCGCUACGAGCCAAAGGCGAAGUCGGAGCUGCAGCCGCCGAUGGAACUGCACGUGCACGAGUACGCUAUCGUUGGCAACUCUGACGGUACGAUUGAGACGAUCAUCACAGCUGAAAGCUCCGUUGAUAAGCUGUACGACCAGCGCCAUAUUGUGGCUCGCGGCACCGUGGCGUCAUCUGUGCUCAAGGUCCGCCACGAGCUGCUGCGCGCCUUCCGCGAGUACUUCUGGUCGCGCCGUUACUACGAGGUGACGCCACCGACGCUGGUGCAGACGCAGGUGGAGGGCGGGUCGACGCUGUUUGACGUCCUCUAUUACGGUGAGAACGCCUAUCUAACGCAGUCUUCACAACUCUACCUCGAAACUGUGACGGCAUCGCUGGGCAAUGUGUACUGUUGCCUGCCGAGCUACCGCGCCGAGAAAUCCAAGACGAAGCGCCACCUCAGCGAGUUCACGCACUUGGAGAUCGAGUAUGACGUUUGCUCCUUUGAGGAUCUUUUGAACCACCUGGAGGACAUGAUCUGCACCGUCAUCCACACCGUCAUUGAGCGCGCCGGCAACAUGGUGGCCAUGCUGAACCCCACCCAACUCAUCAACCCCAACGGAGAUGUUCGGGACUCCACCAAUUACAAAUUUACGCCGAAGCGCCCCUUCCGCCGCCUCCGCUAUGCCGACGCGAUCCAGUUCUGCAACGAGAACGGCAUUUUGAACACCGAGACUGGCAAGCCCUUCGAGUUCGGCGACGACAUCACCGAUCAGCCGGAGCGCGCCAUGGUGGCCCAGAUGGGCGAGUUUGUGUUUAUGACGCACUUCCCUGCUCAGAUGAAGUCUUUCUACAUGCAGCGCGACCCUGCCGAUACGACGCUGACGGAGUCAGUCGACGUCCUAGUGCCAGGCAUUGGCGAGGUGGUUGGUGGCUCGAUGCGUAUGUACAAGUACGAUGAGCUGCUCGAUGCGUACAAGCGCGAGGGCCUCGAUGCGUCCACGUACUACUGGUACACAGACCAGCGCCGCUACGGCGGUGCUCCACACGGCGGCUUUGGACUCGGUGUCGAGCGUCUGCUAGUGUGGAUGCUGAACCUGGAUAACGUGAAGGACGCAUGUAUGUACCCCCGUUACAUGGGCCGCUGCAAGCCGUAG